GCCCGCGGUGCCCGGGCCUGGGCGGCGAGGAGGUGACGCCGCCCCCGCGGGAAGAGCCCGGGAGGCGGAGGGGCGGAGGAGGUGCUGGCGGCGGCACUGAGCGGCGGCGGCGGCGGCGGCGGCGCAGGGCGCGCGGGCCCUCCGCGCCGACUCCAUGGACCCAAGGGGCGGCGGCUGAGCGACCCUGGGCCGGGCGCGUGAUGAGGAGGGGCCGGCGCCAGACCCCGCUGCACGUCGGAGCUCGCCUGGAUCCGAGCGUUGGCAGCAGAAGGGCCCUGGCCCCGGGAUUCUCUUCCGCUAGCCCCCGUCAUAUCUUCUCUGCUUUCGCUUCUCCACUCUAGCCCGGGGUGGGGUGGGGGUGUGGAGUUGGGGUCUCCGCGGCGGUUUCUGGCCCCGGGGCCCUCUCCCGGGUGUGCCUGGAGGAGUUCUCCCUCUGUGGCGCACGGCAGCCCUGUGACGCGUCAGCCGGCGGGACGGCUGAGUUGCUUCUCCGGGAAACCGUUCCCGCUUCCUCACGACCCUCCCCGCUCCCGCCUGGGUGCCCCUCGGGCCGGCAAUACUCCGCCUCCGGGCGCUCGAAGCCAGUUCCCAGGGGGCUGGUUCGCAGGCACCCCUUCCCCUCCGAGGCGGCGCGUGCGCUCCCGGCCCUGACCGCGGCCGGACACACUCGCGCCCCGGUCCGCCUGUCACCCUCGCGCCCCGGUCCGCCUGUCACCCUCCCGCCUGCUCCCUCCAGUCACCCUCCCGCUUGCUCCCUCCAGUCACCCUCCCGCCUGCUCCCUCUAGUCACCCCACCCUUAGCUGUCCCCGCCACCUUACUCCACCACCCUCCCCCGCCUCUCCGCGCACUCCGCGUCCCGGCCUCCAGUUCCCCUUUCCCUUGAACCGCUCACUUCACAGCCCUUCGCCCCCGGGAAAAAGAAACAUUUUCCGAAGCGCACUCCUCAGCCCUCCCUCCCCACGCGCUCGCCCUCCCCUCCCCCUGCUCUUUCUUGGGGGAGGGGGGCUGUCGCCUUGGAUUGAAGGCCAUUGAUUUGUAUGUAUUUGUCCCAGCGCUGGAGGCUGCCCCAGCCGCCGCGCCGGUGCCGCCGCUGCCAGUGGAGUUGCCUCCCCGCUUCCCUAGAGUGGUUCGGCUCCACCAAACAUGUCGGCUCCUGUCGGGCCCCGGGGCCGCCCGGCUCCCACCCCGGCGGCCUCUCAGCCGCUUCUGCAGCCCGAGAUGCCUGACCUCAGCCACCUCACUGAGGAGGAGAGGAAAAUCAUCCUGGCCGUCAUGGAUAGGCAGAAGAAAGAAGAGGAGAAGGAGCAGUCCGUGCUCAAAAAACUGCAUCAGCAGUUUGAAAUGUAUAAAGAGCAGGUAAAGAAGAUGGGAGAAGAAUCACAGCAACAGCAAGAACAGAAGGGUGAUGCGCCAACCUGUGGUAUCUGCCACAAAACAAAGUUUGCUGAUGGAUGUGGCCAUAACUGUUCAUAUUGCCAAACAAAGUUCUGUGCUCGUUGUGGAGGUCGAGUGUCAUUACGCUCAAACAAGGUUAUGUGGGUAUGUAAUUUGUGCCGAAAACAACAAGAAAUCCUCACUAAAUCAGGAGCAUGGUUUUAUAAUAGUGGAUCUAAUACACCAUGGCAACCUGAUCAAAAGGUUCUUCGAGGGCUAAGAAAUGAGGAGGCACCUCAGGAGAAGAAACCAAAACUACAUGAGCAGACCCAGUUCCAAGGACCCUCAGGUGACUUAUCUGUACCUGCAGUGGAGAAAAGUCGAUCUCAUGGGCUCACAAGACAGGAUUCUAUUAAAAAUGGGUCAGGCGUGAAGCAUCACAUUGCCAGUGACAUAGCUUCAGACAGGAAGAGAAGCCCAUCUGUGUCCAGAGAUCAGAAUAGAAGAUACGACCAAAGGGAAGAAAGAGAGGAAUAUUCACAGUAUGCUACUUCGGAUACCGCAAUGCCUAGAUCUCCAUCAGAUUAUGCUGAUAGGCGAUCUCAACAUGAACCUCAGUUUUAUGAAGACUCUGAUCAUGUAAGUUAUAGGGACUCCAACAGGAGAAGUCAUAGGCAUUCCAAAGAAUAUAUUGUAGAUGAUGAGGAUGUGGAAAGCAGAGAUGAAUACGAAAGACAAAGGAGAGAGGAAGAGUACCAGUCACGCUACCGAAGUGAUCCGAAUUUGGCCCGUUAUCCAGUAAAGCCACAACCCUAUGAAGAACAAAUGCGGAUCCAUGCUGAAGUGUCCCGGGCACGGCAUGAGAGAAGGCAUAGUGAUGUUUCUUUGGCAAAUGCUGACCUGGAAGAUUCCAGGAUUUCUAUGCUAAGGAUGGACCGACCAUCAAGGCAAAGAUCUAUAUCAGAACGUAGAGCUGCCAUGGAAAAUCAGCGAUCUUAUUCAAUGGAAAGAACUCGAGAGGCUCAGGGACCAAGUUCUUAUGCACAAAGGACCACAAAUCAUAGUCCUCCUACCCCCAGGAGGAGUCCACUACCCAUAGACAGACCAGACUUGAGGCGUACUGACUCACUACGGAAACAGCACCACUUAGAUCCUAGCUCUGCUGUAAGAAAAACAAAACGGGAAAAAAUGGAAACAAUGUUAAGAAAUGAUUCUCUCAGUUCAGACCAGUCAGAGUCAGUGAGACCUCCACCACCAAAGCCUCAUAAAUCAAAGAAAGGAGGUAAAAUGCGCCAAGUUUCGUUGAGCAGUUCAGAGGAGGAAUUGGCUUCCACGCCCGAAUAUACAAGCUGUGAUGAUGUUGAGAUUGAAAGUGAGAGUGUAAGUGAAAAAGGGGACAGUCAAAAGGGAAAAAGAAAAACUAGUGAGCAGGCAGUUUUGUCGGACUCUAACACCAGGUCUGAGAGACAAAAGAAAAUGAUGUACUUUGGUGGCCACUCUUUGGAAGAGGAUUUGGAAUGGUCUGAACCUCAGAUUAAGGACUCUGGGGUAGAUACGUGUAGUAGCACAACCCUUAACGAGGAGCAUAGCCAUAGUGAUAAGCACCCUGUAACCUGGCAACCAUCUAAAGAUGGAGAUCGUUUAAUUGGUCGCAUUUUAUUAAAUAAGCGUCUAAAAGAUGGAAGUGUACCUCGAGAUUCAGGAGCAAUGCUUGGCUUGAAGGUUGUAGGAGGAAAGAUGACUGAAUCAGGUCGGCUUUGUGCAUUUAUUACUAAAGUAAAAAAAGGAAGUUUAGCUGAUACUGUAGGACAUCUUAGACCAGGUGAUGAAGUAUUAGAAUGGAAUGGAAGACUAUUGCAAGGAGCCACAUUUGAGGAAGUAUACAACAUCAUUCUAGAAUCCAAACCUGAACCACAAGUAGAACUUGUAGUUUCAAGGCCUAUUGGAGAUAUACCGAGAAUACCUGAUAGUACACAUGCACAGCUGGAGUCCAGUUCUAGCUCCUUUGAAUCUCAAAAAAUGGAUCGUCCUUCCAUUUCUGUUACCUCUCCCAUGAGUCCUGGAAUGUUGAGGGAUGUUCCACAGUUCUUAUCAGGACAACUUUCAAUAAAACUAUGGUUUGACAAGGUUGGUCACCAAUUAAUAGUUACAAUUUUGGGAGCAAAAGAUCUCCCUUCCAGGGAAGAUGGGAGGCCAAGGAAUCCUUAUGUUAAAAUUUACUUUCUUCCAGACAGAAGUGAUAAAAACAAGAGAAGAACUAAAACAGUAAAGAAAACAUUGGAACCCAAAUGGAACCAAACAUUCAUUUAUUCUCCAGUCCACCGAAGAGAAUUUCGAGAACGAAUGCUAGAGAUUACACUUUGGGAUCAAGCUCGAGUUCGAGAGGAAGAAAGUGAAUUCUUAGGCGAGAUUUUAAUUGAAUUAGAAACAGCAUUAUUAGAUGAUGAGCCACAUUGGUACAAACUUCAGACGCAUGAUGUCUCUUCAUUGCCACUUCCCCACCCUUCUCCGUAUAUGCCACGAAGACAGCUCCAUGGAGAGAGCCCAACAAGGAGGUUGCAAAGGUCAAAGAGAAUAAGUGAUAGUGAAGUCUCUGACUAUGACUGUGAUGAUGGAAUUGGCGUAGUAUCAGAUUAUCGACAUGAUGGUCGAGAUCUUCAAAGCUCAACAUUAUCAGUGCCAGAACAAGUAAUGUCAUCAAACCAUUGUUCACCAUCAGGGUCUCCUCAUCGAGUAGAUGUUAUAGGAAGAACUAGAUCAUGGUCACCCAGUGUCCCUCCUCCACAAAGUCGGAAUGUGGAACAGGGGCUUCGAGGGACACGCACUACUACCGGACAUUAUAAUACAAUUAGCCGAAUGGAUAGACAUCGUGUCAUGGAUGACCAUUACUCUCCAGAUAGAGACAGGGAUUGUGAAGCAGCAGAUAGACAGCCAUAUCACAGAUCCAGAUCAACAGAACAACGGCCUCUCCUUGAGCGGACCACCACCCGCUCCAGAUCCACUGAACGUCCUGAUACAAACCUCAUGAGGUCGAUGCCUUCAUUAAUGACUGGAAGAUCUGCCCCUCCUUCACCUGCCUUAUCGAGGUCUCAUCCUCGUACUGGGUCUGUCCAGACAAGCCCAUCAAGUACUCCAGUGGCAGGACGAAGGGGCCGACAGCUUCCACAGCUUCCACCAAAGGGAACAUUGGAUAGAAGUACUAUGGAUAUAGAGGAGAGAAAUCGCCAAAUGAAAAUUAACAAAUACAAACAGGUAGCCGGAUCAGAUCCCAGACUGGAACAAGAUUACCAUUCGAAGUAUCGAUCAGGAUGGGAUCCUCAUAGAGGGGCAGAUAAUGUUUCUACUAAAUCUUCGGACAGUGAUGUAAGUGAUAUAUCUGCGGUUUCGAGGACUAGUAGUGCUUCUCGUUUCAGCAGCACAAGCUACAUGUCUGUCCAAUCAGAAUGCCCAAGAGGAAACAAGAAAAUCAGACCAAAGGGAAUAGAAGAGGGAGGGAAAGAAGGGGAUAAGCAUGAAGAGAUAGUUCAUGAGAAGGAAGAGGUAAAGGAAGAAAGAAUUAAUGAGAAUGAGAAAGGGAAAGAGAUUGCCAAAACAUGUAAUAAGGAGAAAAACAGAGAAUCAGGAGACGAGGAAAAAACACAAGAUAUACACGAGCAAGGGAAAGAAAAAGAACAGUGGAAUAAAGAGGAUUUGCAAAGGAGAUUCUCACAAGAUGAUGCCAGUGUCUUUACAUCCAAAAUGCAAAGCAGACAAAUGGGCAUAUCAGGGAAGAACAUGACAAAAAGCACCAGCAUCAGUGGAGACAUGUGCUCACUGGAGAAGAAUGAUGGCAGCCAGUCUGACACUGCAGUGGGCGCCUUGGGCACCAGUGGCAAAAAGCGGCGCUCUAGCAUUGGUGCCAAAAUGGUAGCUAUCGUUGGUCUGUCACGGAAAAGUCGCAGUGCUUCUCAGCUCAGCCAAACGGAAGCAGGAGGUAAAAAACUAAGGAGCACUGUCCAAAGAAGUACAGAAACAGGCCUGGCCGUGGAGAUGAGGAACUGGAUGACUCGACAGGCAAGCCGAGAGUCUACAGAUGGUAGCAUGAACAGCUACAGCUCAGAAGGAAAUCUGAUUUUCCCUGGUGUUCGCUUGGCCUCUGAUAGCCAGUUCAGUGAUUUCCUGGAUGGCCUUGGCCCUGCUCAGCUAGUGGGACGCCAGACUCUGGCAACACCUGCAAUGGGUGACAUUCAGGUAGGAAUGAUGGACAAAAAGGGACAGUUGGAGGUAGAAAUCAUCCGGGCCCGUGGCCUUGUUGUAAAACCAGGUUCCAAGACACUGCCAGCACCAUAUGUAAAGGUGUAUCUAUUAGAUAACGGAGUCUGCAUAGCCAAAAAGAAAACAAAAGUGGCAAGAAAAACGCUGGAACCCCUUUACCAGCAGCUAUUAUCUUUCGAAGAGAGUCCACAAGGAAAAGUUUUGCAGAUCAUCGUCUGGGGAGAUUAUGGCCGCAUGGAUCACAAAUCUUUUAUGGGAGUGGCCCAGAUACUUUUAGAUGAACUAGAACUAUCCAAUAUGGUGAUCGGAUGGUUCAAACUUUUCCCUCCUUCCUCUCUAGUAGAUCCAACCUUGGCCCCUCUGACAAGAAGAGCUUCCCAAUCAUCUCUGGAAAGUUCAACUGGACCUUCUUACUCUCGUUCAUAGCAGCUGUAAAAAACUGUUGUCGCAGCAACCAGCGUUAAAAAAAAAAAAGAAAAAAUCACAGGUUGCAAACCCUGGUAACACUGCAUGCUUAAUGUUGUGUCUUCUGAGCCUGUUUCUAGGGAUACAAAGCGAUCCUGUGUUCUCAGAGGAAGUUGCACACAUUGUGCCCUAAAGAAGGCCCUCAGGUGAAAGAGCAGAGCUGUGAAGAACUAUCAGGUUUGGAAUUCAAUGACACUCGAGUUCUGGUCCAAUCUGAAGCCAUGGAUUAAUCUCAAAGAAUCAGUCAGUUUCAUGCAACAGAAGCCCUUUUCAAUGGCACCUUUAUAUUUUUAUCGUUCCUUUUUCUUCAUUUAUCUAACCCCAAAGCCCUGAUAUGCCACAGAAGUGGAGCUAUAUAGCCAUGAAGCGGUGUUACAGGUGAGGAGUGAAAUCCUAGGAAGCAUCAGGUGAAAAGCAGGAGACCAAAGAAGUGGUCAGGAACAAUCAUCAGCCCUCCUCUGGCCGGGGAUCAGAGCAGUCAGUCCAGCAGGAAGAGUGGCAGACUCUGUAGCUCCAUGGGCACAUCAUUUACUAAUGCCAAGAUGUGUUGGACUCUGAAAAACAAAAUUCUGUGGCUACACUGUACUGAAUGAAAUUAAAGAAACUUUUUUUGCAUGGACACAGAUUAGCUGAAUACUUAAAUUAUUUUCUUGGGGCUGCAACUUGCAAAAAAAAAGAUUAAAAAUCAGCCAUUUUCAACAAUUUAUAUUUUUAAAAAUAAAUUUCACUAGUGCAUGGUUUUAAAAAGGAGAGAGAAUGCAACAGGGUGAACAAAGAUACACCAUGUUUAUUCUUUAAUCAUAGUCUGUGUUUUGGCAGACAUUACAAAUGGAAAUACUUUCUAGAAGAUACUUAAAAUUCUCUUUAUGUGACAAAUAAGUAUAAUAUAUUCAAUUUAUUUCCAUGUUAAAUAUACAAAUCUUAUGAAGUUCAAUAUGUGCAAAUUUUUCACAUCUUUCUCCUUCUCUCACUUUUCCUCUUCUCCCUCUUUUAAUCUUUUCUUUCUCCCUGCCAGAGUGAACCUUAUACUAGAAAAUUACAAGUUUUGAUCUGAUCCUCUCUUAUACCCCAUGUUUGAUUCAGAGCUGUAGAUGCCUCUGAAUUUGCGAAUUUCUCAAGGGAAAAAUAACUUUAAGAGCUUUCUUUAUUUCAAGCAUGUUGAAAAGGAUUUUGCAACAUGACUUGGGAGUACAUUAAAGUAAGUCAGCAAGUAUUUGACAAAGAAGAUAUUUGAACUUUUGCAGUUUAUUGUACAGUGCAUGGUAAUUUUUUUCACCUUUAAAAUUCAGUUUACAGGAAAAUUCUAAAAUCAUGUUGCCAUUGUGAUGUCCAAUAAAUUUGUUUUUAGCACCAGCAUUAUUCAUACAGGGGUUAAAGUAUUAUUUGUAGAAGGUCUUAGGUUUUGUUUGUUUUUUAAUCAGUUAAAGCAAUUUCUUUAGUCAGUUUCCAUUUACUAUGUGAAUAGAAGCACUGCUAAAAAUUGGGAACCCUGAAACACAGGGCUGUUUAAUUCAUUUUUCUGUAGUAAAAUUCAAUUUUUCACAAAUUGUAUUUCUAAAGAAAUACAGUAAACAUAAAUUUGCAACAAUUUUAAAGCUCCAAUUUUUAGGUGACUCAAAGAAUGUCAUUAUGCCUAUUAAUAGUUAUUUGAUGCCAUCACCAAAACUCUAUGUGAAAAUCUCCUAAGUCAAAACCCCUGCCUUUGAUUUUACAGACAGUUAUUACCAUUGGGUGGUGCUGCAAGGUCAAAUUUCUCCUAAGUUCCCCUAUUUAGAGGAAAAGUCACUGGUUAUUGUAAUAAGCCACCCAUGGUUCUUUAUGUACAUUUUGAUAACACAUUAUUAUAGCUUGAUUUUAAUUUUUUGCAUUAAUUUUUGAAAUCCACAUACAUCUCAUUUGUUCAAGGCCAUGCACAAAUAUUUUUUUUAGUUCAGUGCUGACCAUUAAAAACUAUCAUGCUUGAUAUGGUGCAAAAGUUAAAAUAAGUAUCACUAAAAAUGCCUUCUCUUUAUGUGGUGCAAUAUGAAAUACACCAAGACUGUGUCUUGACAUUCUGAUGGACCCAGGUAAAGUUGUCAAAAGAAUGAAUAAAACUUUAUUAAAAUAAUUUAGACACCUGUGUACCAGCAACAAUUGAUUUAAUAGACCUACAGUGUCUAUACUAUCCCUUAGAAUAAAGGUUUAUGAUUUUCCUGAUACUAAGAUGCAGUCACAUAAUCUUUUGUGCAUAUUCCUAUACAAAUUAUUUCUAAUUUUAGUAAGAAGGACGUGACUAUGGAAUAUUUGUACAUACUUGUCAUUAUGCAGUGUUUAUUUAAAAGUUGGUGAUUUUUUUUUUUAAUUUUCACAUCUGCACCUCGACUUGUGGUUUAGUCAUGUAACUAGCACUAUGCCAGUGACCGUUGUUGCCCUAUGCAUAGUAUGUUUGAAAAGUAAAGGGAAUUCCAGUUGGGAAAAAAGGGCGGAUUAGUCCUGUAAUGAACACCAACUAAUGUAAUUCAAAUUCAUUCUGGUGAUGGUAUUUAACACUUUAAAUAAAACAUUUUCUUUACAGA